CUGUUAACACCAGCCAGUAUGCAGAGAGUUACCGUAUCCAGACAUAUGCUGAAUAUGUUGAAAAAAAGAAUCAAGACUCCCACACUAAAAGAAAAUGGACUGAAGAUGGCUGGAAAGAUCUGGAGAGGAAGAGAUUAAAAACCCACUACACUUCAUACAUUCCACAAAACCCAAGAGACUUUUACACAAACAGCUUUGCUACAAGCCUUGUUGGAAGGAGAAGUAUGAGUCCGAUACAAGAAGAAACCGUCUCUGAAGAUGUUGGUGAUGAUCAAGGUGAUACUAAUCCUGGAGCAUCUGAAGCCAAAAAGAAAACUAAGAGUCACAAGCGUCAGAAAUUAGAGACUGAUCCAGCAGAAUGCAGUAACAGCUCCACUGCCCUUUUUGAAGUCCCGGAGACCUGGUAGCAGCAAUGAUAUUGCAACUGAAAACUUGAAAGCCAUAUUUUACUUUCUUUUGUCAUGUGGAUGUGUUCCAAUGCAGCUUAUAUUGUCAUUUCCAUUGACUGCCUAUAAAGUCUCUUAUGAUGGCAUGCUUUCAGAAAAGCACAACUAUUCUUGUAUGAUGAGCAAAAGUGAUUGUGCUAGCUGUAGGUUCUCAUAUGAAUUUCCAUUUCCAGUGAGCACCUGUGUAAUAAAGCAAGAAUGUUGUAUAAUUGUGUGAGUUUACCUUUAAGAGUGUGUCUUCAUUUUUCCGGUAGUCUCCCUAAUUUUUUAAAGGCUGUAAAAUCUACCAAACCUUGAAAAAUAAUAUAACAUAUGCUCUUAUUUAUAUUUCCACUUCCUCUAUUGAUCUAAACUACAGAUCUAUGUUGCAGGCUUUCAUUGCCACUGGGUUACAUCUCCAUUCAACAGUCAUUAAAUAUUGCAAUUACUCUGGAUAGCAACAUCUAACUUGACUUAUCACCUGUAAAUCCUUCAUUCCAUUAUGCAAGUUUAUUUCAUGUACAAGCAUUUGAUGCAUUUGUCUUUGCUUAAACCUUAACAUGUGAAAUUAGUUACUUGGGUCAAUAAUUAAACUUUUGUUACAGAACUUGAACUAUUAAAAUCGGUGUUUUAAAGGACACUUUCUCUCAUAUUUUGAAAGGACA